AUGCAGCGUCUUCUAGGUGAUAGUCAGUCUGUCAAAAGUGUUCAUUGGUCACCUGUAUUAAUACAUUCAAGAGACAUUACUUUAAGUGAUUCAGAUAGUAGUCUUCAUAUGAAACUACAUACUGAAGCAGAUCCUCCUCGUCGUUCUAUUAGAGAUGAAUUAAUAUCUCCACAACUGCAGUCGGUAGAUUCUCAAAUCAGUGUUGGAAAUGUGUCAAAUGUAUCCUCUAAGGAAACGCAACAACAAAUUGCCGCUCAUUGGGUAAUGGUGUUUGGUUUUUCUCGAGAAGACGCAUCAGAUGUUCUUAAAUUGUUUGGUCGGCAUGGAACGAUCGUUUCUCAUCGAUUUCCAAAAGAAGGUAAUUGGGUUUACAUACGGUAUGCUUCACCUGUUCAUGCUCGUCAAGCUCUUUCCCGGAAUGGUCAGAUUAUUAAUGGCCGAGUACGUUUAGGAGUACUGCCAGUUGACAGCGAUGAGAUGACGAGUUUAGAAGAUAUUUCUCUUCAUUCAGCCUCUGGAACAAGUAGUCCGGGCAUCGUUUUCUCACAAAAUCGAUCUGUUUUAUCUGAAAAUUCCAUGUUACCAUUGUCUCCAAGCUCGGAUGCGUUCUCGCGACCCUUGGAGACAAAUUUUAAUUCUUCUUUACUAUCAUCAUCUACCCGUCGUGGAAUUCGUUCUCUCCGUGCUCCAUACUACACAACUGAUAAUUAUUACCAGGUUGAUACAGAUCAAAUGCCCGAGAAAUCUGGUGGAUUGUUCAACAAAUUAUGGAAUCUUGUUUCAUAG